AGCCUUCCUGGUAAAUCAUCUUCCAGCCUUUGGUUGGAGGUCGCCCGCGACGUGCAGGGCCAGCUAUUGCGCAUCAAAAAAGAAAACAAGAUGUCAAAAAAUCUUGCAGCCCCUUCCCACGAUCCGCGCUAUUGUGGUUGCGUUAUUGUGGUCGUAGACCCGUAUUCGACCGGGCGCAGUUUGGUUGCCUCCCUGAAAGAGGCCGGUGCGACGCUGAUCGCGGUGCAGAGCAGUUUGCAGCUCGCCGACUUCUGGUUGCGGCAGCUCGAGCCGGCGGACUUCGCUGCGGUGGUGCAGUUCAGCACCGUGGAAGACACCGCGCGGAAGAUCCGAAAUUUUCUUUCAAACACGCUGUCAGCUUGUGCACCAUCAUCCAUCCACGCGGUCGUCGCCGGCAGCGAGCCGGGGGUCGUCGUCGCGGAGCAACUGCAAGCGGUUUUAGGCGACCCCAAGUUUUCCAAUGACGCAGGAACGAGCUCCUGGCGGCGACACAAGUUCGACCAGCAGGCCCGGCUGCGCGACCGCAACCUCCGCGCCAUCCGGCAGAGCUACUGCGCGACGGCCGAAGAGGUGCGGUACUGGAUGGAAGCAGCCGACAUUUCCUUCCCCAUCAUCGUGAAGCCAGCCUGUUCCGGGGGCACGGACGGCGUGUACUGGUGUCACAGCACGUAUGGGAGUGUCAGGAUUGAAAUCGUCAAAGUUGAAAUAGUUUGUGAUGCAUAAAAUGCAAGCCACAAGGUGCUUGUCUUGCUGAGUAAGCGAGGGAGGCAGAUUGUAAGCCUGUUAAGGGGUAGAAACUGAGCUGCUGAAGUAGCAUGACAAAAGGCUUCUGCCUUACCCAAACAGCAUGACAAACUGGAUUUCGGCUCUACCCAAAUUUAUCAUGCGUCACUUGGAAACUGGGUUACGACUUUCAUUCAUUUUAUGCAUGACAAGUUAAUAUUUCAACUUUGUCGAAGAUUUCAAUCCUGACACAUCCAUAGCGCUGCAGACAUUGACCACGCGUUCUACCAAGAGCUGAACAUAUGCAUUGCAAAUAUGUGCUCUGGGUCUGCAAGAAUUUGAGUUUGUCAUGUUGGGCUGGAUCGACACAAAAAUCUGUAUUGUGUGACCAACAAAGGUGCCCAGUUUAUCGGUUACACUUACAAGACAGCAACAUUUCUCGUGCAGAAUGGGCACCGAGGAGGAUUCUCAAAACUUGUGAUGCUAGGCUCGCACUCUAUCCCUUCCGGGUCAUGCGAAACCUGCAUGAGAAGCCUUGCAGUCUUCCAGAGCCAGACAUAUUUGCGCUGGAUAGAGCAAACAAAACUGCAACGGCGAAACCAACGAGAAGCUGCUCGCCCAGGAGUUUUUGCGGGGCACGGAGUUUGUCGUCAACAGUGUGUCCUUCAAGGGCCGCCACGUGGUCACGGGCCUGCUGCGCUACAAGAAGCACUUUGACCCCGCACACAACUCCAUCACCUACGAGUCCGUCGAGGUCAUCGAUGCGUGCGUAUCCUGUGUAAAAGAAUCGUACUCGUGUUGCAAUCAUGCAUUACAGCUAAAUCUGCAUUACUUAUGCUGCAGAAAUUUGUAUCGCAUUUGUACGAAUACGAUACUUUUGCAAUGCAUAGUGCGAGUCCCCCGCCAAUCUCCUGAUCGCCUACAUGCACGCCUGCCUGGACGCGCUCGGCUUUCACUUCGGCGCCAGCCAUAUGCUUUGCAAAAGUGUCGUACUCGUAGUAUUGCAAUACAAAUUAGCUCAGCAUCUUCACAAAUGGAAUUUGUCAUGCUGAUUUGCCUAUAGCAUGUAGAUUUGUAAUGCAUAGGCGCAAUUACUAACACACGAGUGCGAUUCUUUUGCACAGGAUAAGCCACGGGGAGGUGAUGCUCACCGAGACCGGACCCUGUCUGAUCGAGGUCGGCGCGCGACUGCAGGGCGGCGCGGGGCCGUGGCUCGUGCAGCAGGCCACGGGAACGGGCUGCCACGAGGUGCUCGCAGACGUGCUCGUCAACGAGGGGAAGCUGUUUCGACAGAUGCUCGAGCGGAACUUUCGGUACGUUUUGAAGCGCAGGUGUGUGGAAUUUGACCUGCGGAACACACAGAAGGAAGGCUCCUUGGCCAAAGAUUUGGAUCACGAUGGACAGGUAUAUAGAGCUGAAAAGAGGAGUUGGAGUCAGUAGGUUGUGAUGUAAGUAGUUUCCACCAGGCUCGCUCGGGGAACAUAUUGAGCUUCCAAACUUUUUCUUUUGAUGAGUUCUUAUUUGACGUCAUGCCCAUUUCGCGGCGACAUUGAGAUGAUUUUGACACAGGACAAUCAAUAGUAAAAAAAUAUAUAUAAAACGGACUUCUCCUAGAUCUCAUCCCUGCCCGCGGUCAUCAAAUUCUCUCCGGCCGUCAACGUAGGUGGUUGGCUGCCAAUCACGCGCGACAUGGCGACCUCGCCGGGUUCCGUGCUCCUCUCCCACGUCCGGUACGACGUGGUAGAAGAGACGCAACAGCGGCUGCGGCAGCUCGAAAGCACGGGGGAAAUUUUCGACAUAACAUCCGAAGAAGUCGCGCUCUCACCGGCUUGCUUUUCGGAAAAAUCCGUGUCCUCGUCGACGUCCUCCGCCAGCCUGUCUACCUCGAUAAUCUCGACCGAACCCAGUAGCACAUCAACGGGAAGAGGAGGUACUGGGUACUUUCGCAAGAAGCCCCCACAGUUGUUGGACGAGGGGAUGGAUAGCGAGACGAGCUGUUUCGGAAAAAAGAACAAAACGUGUCCAAUUAUGCAGCGGGUCGAGUCGCUGUCGACCGUAGCGGACUUUUGCAGUCGAAAGGGCAGCCUCGCCGACGUCGAGGGACUGUUCGUUUAGACCAUGAGUAGAGCUUGUCCACCGAGGUGGCUAUGGGUAGAGCAUGACAUUUAAAUAUGAAAUGAAACUGCACGACACUAUGUAGGAUAAAAGAUUGGCAGCUUAUUGCACUCAUUUUUUCACACUUUUUCAACGAACAAAUAGGUGUAAGAUUUCGGUUAAAUGAUAUAUAAGUGUUGGCCCAGUAAAAAAUGAACCGAUCGAUAAAUUUUUAUUCCUAACGAAGCGAACACGUGGCUCAUCACGCCCAUGCCACAGUUUCUGUGUCAGGUUGAUUUUUCUUUACGAGGGCGGUGUCAUGCCUCCUCGUCGUGUAUCCAUAAAUUUAGAAAAUAAAAUCGUCUACCUGUCUUAGCUUGUAGCGAGCGCUGGAUCACAAUGCCAUAGGUUUUUGCUGUCUGAUGGCCUAUGAUUUUUUCAAGAUGUGUGAAGUUUUGUAUAUCAUGCUAGACGUACAUGAUCUAGAUGCUGGAACUGCGGGUUGUGCAUAGUAGGUAACAAGCAUUAUAGGUACCGGUAAAAUGAAUUUCCGGGCGGUGACACAAAAUGAACCCGUUGCAUAGCAAGGAAAGAACAAGCUGCGCGACUGUGCUGACUCUCGCUUUUUUUCGUAUUAGAAACCAGUAGCGCGUCGACAGACAGUCUGAAACACACUAUGAAAGAUCCGUG